GUUUGUAAAACUAUUUAUUAAAAUUAUUUUUAUAAAUAUUAAAGGGUAUUAUAGGAAAAUAUGACACAAAAUAUAGAUUAGUCUAAAGGGACAUAGUUACUAUUUUUUUGCUCUAAAAAAACAGUUUUCUCUUUAAUUAAUUAGUUUUAUAGCAUUUUGGAGAUUUGACUGUAUGUACAAAUUGCUGACAAAAAAAAAGACUAUAUGUACAAUUUUAAAGGUGAUUAGAAAACGAGGAAAAGUCAAAGGUUGAUUUAAUACUCUUAACAUACUCUAUGUCAGCUCCCACUUUCUUCCACUACUCUGUGGCUGCACAUGCGGGUUGUAUACAUCAUUUCUGUCCGUGCGCGUUUAUGUAUCAGUCACGUGAUAUACUUAUAUUAGAAGAUGAGCCUGAAACGCACAUGCCUGAUGCCAUGAGGUGAGGUGAGGAAGUGGAAGGAUCUUGUGAUAAGCUUUAUUUUUAACUCUUGAAAGUAUCUAUAUUGUGCACAAUAAAGAAAUACACUAUAUAACUUUAGUAAGUGUUCACAUUCUCAUUCAUACACACAAGUGUUUUAUGAUUUUCAAGCCACUUUGCUUGAUUAUAGAACGGCUGUAUUAAACUAAGAUUUGUCUUGCUUUUAACUUGACUACAACACCACUUCCACCACCUUCAUGUCCAAUUGAAAACCACCACUCGGAUCAUUUGCAAAUGCUUUAAACUGCGGAACCAGUGAAGAAGCAUGUGGGUCAGUUGACCCAAAUCUGUUUUAUAAUUUAAUCUAAUUUAUGCAUAAAAUAGUAAUAUACAACCGGUUGAUUUUCACUAGUUUGACCCCUUUAAUUGGUGGCCAAUUUAUAUACAUAAGUUUUUGAUCCUAGUGAAUUCAUUUCCUAGUUCCGCUAUUGGUUGCAACUUUCUAGAGUUUUAAUAAAGAUAGAUGGAGAUAUAUAUCUUCAAAGCAGACCGCUUCUCUUGAAAACUACGGAAACAGUCAUGACUUGAAGGAUGCAAAUCCUAGCUCAUGUAUCUUCCUUGUAUCCAUACUAUGUGGACUAUUGUCUCCUUCUUUGUUAUUGCACCUGAAAAUAAAACCAACAACCAAUCAAUCUAUAAAACGAGACGAACAAUGAAAGCUUGAUUGAACCUAACGACAAGGAGAUUUGUGACUUGUUCUCAAGCGGGUAAUUAGGAGACUUGUUCCUUAACUACUCAAUGAUCUCAAUGAGCAACCAAACUUGAACAUACGAUUCUCCCUGUUGCUUUAGGCUCUUCCAUGGCCAACUCAUGUGUAGCAACUACAUUGUAUUUUUUCUUCCUUUUUGUUGGAUACGAAACUACAUCGUCUAUGUGCACAAACCCUACAAUGAAAUCAGGGUACUCGAUCUCCAGCAAGACCUUUGACAAUGGCAAGGAUGACUUGGACCAACCACAAAAGAAGGGUUCCAUGUAUAACCUUUUCUCAUCAGCUCCAAGCCUCUCUCUCGCCUAGAGUCUUUGCAUAUCCGUACCACAACUAAUGCAUCAAGUUAACCACACAUGAUCCAUCAAUGGAGUCUUCUUAAUCAAAAUCUCAAGUAGAUUAAAGUGUGUGAGAGAGAAAUGGUUCUCACAUUGAAGUGUUUGCAGUAGUCAGGGUCGCUCCAAUACGACUCGUUGAAAGGAGAGGCUUUUGUGGCAUCUAACCUGUACCGGAUCGAAGAGCAAGAACACGUAAGAAAAAUCCUUCUUACAGUUUUUUGGAUUUAAACAUAAAAGUUCAUCACGUUAAUUAGUUGUACCUUUAAUGGUAGGAUCAACCAAUGACUCUUGAAUGUUGUGAUCAUAUGGUACAAGAAUAGGAGAUGCCGUGUGCUUACAAGUUGCUUACAAGUUGAAGUUUUAGAUUUUACCGAUUGUCGUGCUUCCACGUUUUUUACCUUUUUUGCGGAACCAAUUACCUUAGGUUUUAUAAUUUGUCAACAAUUUAUUGUAACACCUUAUUUUCAUUUCUUGAAAUGAUAUUUACAUUCUUCCUAAAAAAAGAAAAGAGAGAUGUCGUGUGGGCGGAUCCAGGUAUGUAUAGUUUGAUCCUCAACGACAAGCCUAAGCGCGUUGAGUUUCAAAUGAGAAUCCUUGAACGUUCUGGUCUCGGUGAAGAGACUUGUCUCCCCCCAGCUAUUCAUUACAUUCCUCCAACACCAACCAUGAACGAGGCUACAAGUGAGGCUCAAAUGGUUAUCUUUUCGGCUAUGGAUGAUCUUUUCAAGAAAACCGGUAUAAUGCCCAAAGACAUCAAUAUACUCAUUGUGAAUUGCUCUCUUUUCUCUCCCGCCCCAUCGCUCUCUGCUGUGGUCAUCAACAAAUAUAAGCUUAGGAGCAACAUUAAAAGCUUUAAUCUGUCGGGGAUGGGCUGCAACGCGGGCCUAAUCUCAGUCGAACUGGCCCGCGAUCUGCUUCAGGUUCAUCCCAAUUCGAAUGCAAUUAUCAUCAGCACCGAGAUCAUAAUGCCUAAUCACUACAAAGGGAACGAGAGAGCAAUGUUGCUGCCUAAUUGUCUCUUUCGCAUGGGCUCCGCGGCAAUUCUUAUGUCAAACGGUCGGUCUGACCAGUGGCGAGCCAAGUACAAGCUUAGCCACCUUGUCCGGACCCACCGUGGUGCUGAUGCACAAAAUUAGUUUUCUUGUUAUCAUCGGUGCCGUCCAUAAUUAAUUUGGUUUUAAUAUGGAGUAUUGUGGCUAGAGCUAGAGAUUUGGAAUAAGAAUACAUAACUCGAAUUCUUUUUGACAGUGGUUUUAGAGUCAUGUUUUGACCAUUUGAGGCAAUGAUUUUUGUCCUUCAUGCCAACUGAUCUUUGUUUAUCAAAGAGGUCACGAUAUUUUUUUUUUCUUUACACAUAUAACAUACUUGUAUACUAGUACAAGCACGACCAAUAGACCGUUAUAAAGACGAACAAAUCUUUUCACUACGUGAAUAUUAAGAAGUUGCAAUGUGAGUCAUAUAUAUGAAUAAUCACGUAAAUGUUUUAAUUUGAAACAUGAUUUGGAGAAUCAAUAUUUUAAUUAGUAUGAAAGCCCUUUUUUUUUGUGAAACAGUAUGAAAGCCCUUUAAAAAAUAUUUUGUUUAAACUCCCACAAGGAAUACCAGGGCGCUGGUAUAUAAGUUCUAACAAUGUUUCGGAAGAAUAAUAUAAGAUUCAAAGCAUAACUAAGUUUUAACAUAUACUGAUUUUAAUAUACGUUAUUCAAUGAAAUUUAAAGCUAUGCUAAUCGUGCAAUUAAAAUGUAGAGUAGAUUGUUGAGGUAGUAUAAACUGUAAAAUAGUAUCAUAAAUAGUGAAGAUAGAUAUAAAGAUUUAGAAAUUGUCUUUACCAAAAUAUAGCUUGCACAUUUUGCCAUUUACUAGACAAUACAUUUUUUCCACCGUAACUUUUUUUUUCAAAAUAAUCAUUCUGUUACUCUUGCUCAUGAAUAGUACGGACAUAUGACUAGUUCUCUUUUUUUUUUUUUCUUUUUGAGAAAGGGUAAUACAUUACAAGUUUUUUGAAACUUACAUUACAAGUUUCUAAAUACGAGUGAGUAAUAUAUUUUAAGAACAGUAAAAUAUGAAUCAAUAAGAUAAGGCCAAAAAAAAAUUUGUUUUGAAAAAGAAUAAAUUUGUAUUAUUGGGUUUGUGCUCCUUGGAACAACCUUAUCUAUGAGAUGCUCAUUGGGAUUCUUAAACAAAAAAAUAUACAUUUUAAUAUAUUGUAAAUAAAUUUUUAAAGUUUAAUUUGAAAGUAAAAAUUGAAUCAAUUGAGAAUUGAUAAGUGUUUGAUGGGGGUUCUAAAGAGGUUCUCAAAAAAUUUCAUUUGAAACUCCUAUUUCUUUUUCUCUCUUAACAAUUUUUUUUGUUUAAUGGUGAAAACUUCUAGUGAAAAUUACUCAUUGGAUGUGCUUUUAGACUCGUCCGAGUUCUUUCUAUUUUCGCAAUUUAGUUUUUUGUUAUGUAUUUUUUUAUUUCUUUGUUUGAUUAGUCUGCUAUGAGUAUUCCUAUUUAAAUUAUGUCAAAAACAUAAAAUUGAAAUAAAUUUUAACAUCUUAUGAAAACGGAAAAAUAAUUUGUUUUCUAAUACUGUUACGGAAUAUUGGGCAUAUAUCAGUUACAUGAGCUUGAAACUCCAGCGCAUAUUAGCUUAAAUCGUUCGAAAACUUCAAUAACGACCUUGGAACAAACACAUCAUAUGGCUCUACAAGUUUUUGUUGUCCACUAUCCAAAUGUCCAAGGUGCGAUGAAAAAACUUAGUUGAUAAAGUUCAAUCAAUUUCUCACAGCUCACUCUGUUAUUAUAAACAUCGUUAAUAACAUAAUCAGAGAGGUCGCAUGUUGUAUGGUGUCAGGGCUUGAGUAAUUGAGUUUCGCGUUUUGUUUGUGAUAAAUUUUAAACGGGGUUGCAACAUGUUUCUUCAAUUUCAGAUUUACCCAUUUGUGUAGUAAGAUAACAUAGAUAUCUAAUUUCCAUUGCAAAUAACUAAAUUUAAUAUACUUCGAUGGACAAAUUCUCUAAAAAUCCGUCGAUUAGGUUUCGGUCCGCCAGAUACCUCUUAAUUAUAAAAAAUAAGAUUGUGUCAAUCUCUGAGCUCAAAGCUUUUACCCAUAUAAAUAUAUACACAUAUAUGUAUAUAAAUGAUUUCCUAGAUAUAUAUGUACAGGCAAUUUUUUUAAGGUUUAGUGAUCUCUUAUCUAAUUUAUUCAAUAACUAAUCACUCCGUCUUUUCAGUUCGUACAAAUGCCACAAACCAGAAACAUCAUUUUCCAAGUAAACGAAUAAAGCCAGGAACUGUACAUGUUAUCCAUAGGUCCUCUUAUCUUCUCAACAAAAGAUUGAUGCCUCUGUUUUUGAAUUCUUUUUGCAUAUUGAUGUGGUCCAGAACAAACCAUAGUUGAUAGUUAUCUUUAUUUUUCUUUUAAUCCACUGUUAUCUAAUUUUGCACUUCUUUUUUCAUUCUUUAGUUUCUGUUACCUUUUCCAGUUUUCUCUUACAAUAUCUACUUAUUAUUAUUUUCUCCUUCAACCUACAUAAUCCGAACAUGUUGAUUUACCAACCAAUAGAAUUUAGUUAUUUAAGAUUCAAUAUUUUUUUUAAAAAAAAAACAAGAUAAUAAUAAUUUGUCAAGUUGUAUUAUGUUUUUAAAAUAAAUAAAAAAUAUUGGUAUUACCAAAAAAAAGAAUUUUUUUUAAUAGUGCUAACGCCGUCAGCAAAAUAAUGAACACUAAACCCUAAACCCUAAAUCUUCAGAUAAAACCUAAAACAUUGGAUAAAUCCUAAACUCUUGGGUAAAUCCUAAACCCUUGGGUAAAUCAUAAACAUUAAAACUAAAUUUUAGAAAUAUUAAACCCUAAAUCCUUAAUCCUGAACCCUUGGGUAAAUCCUAAACUAUUGGAUAAAUUCUAAACAUUAAAACUAAAAUUUAGAAAUACUAAACUUUAAAUCUUAACCCUGAACUCUUGGCUAAAUCCUUAACUCCAAGAGUUUAGGUUAAAUGUUUUAGGAUUUAGAGUUUUUAAGAUUUAGUUUUUAAUGUUUAUGAUUUAGAGUUUAGGAUUUAUCCAUGGGUUUACGAUUUAUCCAAGGAUUUAGCCUUGACAGUGUUAACAAUAUAAAAAAAAAUUGGUAAUUAUUAUUUAUUUUUAUUUAUUUAAAAAACAUAAUAUAAUUUGAUAAAUUCUUAUUAUUUUAUUUCUUUUUAAAAAGAUACUAAAUCUGAAAUAACAAAAUCAUAUUGGUUGGUUAACAAUGUAGGUGGUGAACCUAAGAAAAAUUCAUCCGAAACUAUAUAUAUAUAAACACACAGUAUAGAAAGUGGGAAAAUUUGAAAUUUUAAGCAUACACAACAAGCCAAAUAUAUAUUUCCAGUACUAAACGUCUACACAAAUACGAAUUAUGAAAAAAAAAAUAGCAUUAUCGAACUAGAAUAAAGGAGUUACAUUUUAUUGGUUGUUCUAUUCCGGUCUGGUUACCCAUGUCACUUCAAGUUUAAUUAAUAAAAUGACAUUUUUGACGUCAAAAAAAAAAACAUACACAACAAAAUAUUAACAGUUGAUGCAACGUCUCUUAAAUU